AUGGAAGACUACAUUACCUACGCAGGUAUCGUUAACCGCGAGUGUGAGCGUUUUAAACUUGCAUCCAUGACCGAGACACAGUUCAAGUGUCUCAUGUUUAUUUGUGGUCUACAAUCUCCGCCAGACGCGGACCUCUGCACACGUCUUCUCACCAGACUGGAGCAAGACCCAGGCAUAACGUUGCAGAAAAUGGCUGAGGAAUGUCAGCGCCUGCUCAAUUUGAAGCAUGAUUCCCGUAUGGUUGAACAGCUGCAGAUCAACAUGGCAGAUGUCAGACCGGUCAGAGCAUACAAACAGGAGUUCAAAAAGCCACCAACAGCAUGUUGGAACUGUGGCGCAUGGCACUACGCCUCACAGUGCACUUUUCGCCGACAUCGGUGCAAUCAGUGUCAGCGCUUUGGUUACAAAGAUGGUUUCUGCAAGCCACGCAACUCAACUAUAGCUGACAAUUCCAACAAACGGUUUCCGAAACCACCGCAGAAGGCUAGUCGCAGCAUUGUUGCUAGCUAUCAAGUCAAUGCGACAUCGCGAAGACGCUAUCUAACAGUGAGUGUAAACGGGUAUCCCGCGACUCUCCAGGUAGACACAGGAUCGGACAUCACGAUUAUUUCGCAAACGAUUUGGGAAUCCAUCGGACGUCCUCCAGUUAUGCCCACUCAACAGACAGCCCUCAGUGCAUCCGGAACAACUCUCGGUUUGGUUG